AGACCACGCAGGGGCUUCUGCCAUUCUCAGCGGGGCAGGCAGGCCGCAAGGGUCUCAUCCAGGGGGGCUGCAACCCACCUCUCUCUACAGAUCCGGAAUCCAGGCUGCCCCGUGUGGAGUAGCAACCUUUAGGUCAGAAGGAUGGGGGAAAUGGAACAGAUGAAGCAGGAGGCUGAGCAGCUGAAGAAGCAGAUUGCGGAUGCCCGGAAAGCCUGUGCAGACACAACACUUGCUCAGAUUGUGUCCGGGAUGGAGGUCGUUGGGCGCAUCCAGAUGCGGACCCGAAGGACCCUGCGUGGGCACCUGGCCAAGAUCUACGCCAUGCACUGGUGCACAGACUCCAAACUUAUGGUCAGUGCCUCACAAGAUGGGAAACUGAUUGUGUGGGACACGUACACAACUAACAAGGUCCAUGCCAUCCCUUUGCGUUCCUCCUGGGUCAUGACCUGUGCCUAUGCCCCCUCAGGCAAUUUUGUGGCCUGUGGGGGCCUUGACAACAUGUGCUCCAUCUACAACCUCAAGACUCGUGAAGGCAACGUCAAAGUGAGCAGGGAGCUCUCAGCCCAUACAGGUUACCUCUCCUGCUGCCGAUUUCUUGAUGACAACAAUAUUGUGACUAGCUCUGGAGAUACAACAUGCGCGCUCUGGGACAUCGAGACGGGGCAGCAGAAGACCGUGUUCAUAGGUCACACCGGAGACUGUAUGAGCUUGGCUGUCUCCCCAGACUUCAAACUCUUCAUCUCUGGGGCUUGUGAUGCUACUGCCAAACUGUGGGACGUGCGGGAGGGCAGCUGCCGUCAGACCUUCCUGGGGCACGAGUCUGAUAUCAACGCCAUCUCCUUCUUCCCCAACGGUGAGGCCAUCUGCACCGGCUCAGAUGAUGCCACCUGCCGCCUCUUUGAUCUCCGAGCAGACCAGGAGCUCAUUGUCUACUCUCAUGAGAGCAUCAUCUGUGGAAUCACAUCAGUCGCCUUCUCCCGCAGUGGGCGCCUCAUGCUUGCUGGGUAUGAUGACUUCAACUGCAACAUCUGGGACUCCUUGAAAGCAGAGCGUGUGGGAAUCCUUUCUGGCCAUGACAACAGAGUGAGCUGCCUAGGGGUGACAGCAGAUGGGAUGGCUGUUGCCACUGGCUCCUGGGACAGCUUCCUGAAGAUUUGGAACUGAGGAUGGCAGCAGGAAGGGAAAGAGCAGUGGAAGCAGCAUUGUCAGCUGAGCACAACAGAAACGCCUACCUACCACUCCCGCUUGUCUCUAGACACAGGUCACUUGUAGGGGUCUCCUAGAGUGAAAGGGAAAGGAGAGGUUGGAAAGGGGGAACAGAGGGAGCUGGGGAGCAGGAGGAGCUGGGGAGCAGGAGCACACACACUGGCACUUCACCUCAAAACCAGCCCAGUAGUUUCCAGCCUCAUGCAGGCUUGAAGACCUACAAAACACUGUUCAUUAUGUCUCAGGACUUUUAAGUACAGUUUAGACACCCUCUACCCACUUUGACACCCAUCCUUCACAGGACCCCUCAGCCAACACCUCUGUCCCAGACUAAGCUCUAUCCCCAAUUUAAAUCUACUCAGCCUCUCUGUGCAGCUGCCCUCUAUCCUUGCAGGCAGCCUCAGAGAUCUAUUUGGUUUGGAAUUUCUAUCAUGUAACCUCAAACAAAAAACUGGUGUAAAUUGGGCACAUUUUCCAAUAGGGAAGCCUUGGCUCAAGUCUUAUCUAUGCAUAAGUGGGGGAAAGGUAGCCCUCAGACCUGCCAGAAUACAAGGGAAUAUUCUAUUUGUUCUUAUUUAUUGUCUGCUUCUUGCUGUUCCUUCUCUUUUUGCUUCACUCCUGCACCGUGUGAUGACCCGGUCUGACCAGUAGCCAUCAGCCCAUGUUUUCAAGUCUGUUGUAGAUCUUCAUAGCCCAGGCAAAUAAAGAAA